UGACGUCUCUCGCAUAUCCAUCCUCCCCGUCUCUCCACCUGCAGUCCUCCCCUCCUGCGUCUGCGCAACACAGCAUUCACAUAAUAAAUCUGGCAUCCUGGUGAUGGCCGUCGACGCCGAAGACCUCCUCAUCCGCCCAUUCCGGGACGUGGUCGCCGCGGGCACCGUUGCCUUGACCAACGCCUCCACACACGCGGCCCAGCAGAGCCCCGCGCCCGGCGACAAUGUCGAUCGCAUGGCCAGGGCCGCACAGGCCAUAGUUCGCGAAGGAGAGCGCGCACUCAACAAGGUGCAGCUGGUCUGGAACGACCAAGUCAGUAAGCAUGGAGACAGCUUCGGGAACAUGAUGGUGCAGCAGGCCUCCAUCGAGAAACGGCGACUGCAGCUAGAAGAUCUUCUGUGGGACUUCGACGACUUCACCCAGCCGGCCGACUUCGACCAAGCACGAUACGGAGCCUUGCAAGCCGCUACCAAGGCCCUUGCCCUCGACAUUAUCGAGACAGCACGGCGCAUAAAGCCUCAAGCUGCUGUGCCCGACAUUCCCGCCAUACCACAAGGCGGAUUCCCUCCAUUACCACCCCUCCCACCUCGCGCGGGUCCUGGUUCCCGUCCACCAUCAGCCCGCUCGAUUCGUUCCCGAGCCUUGUCCAGGCCAAGGCAACCCCAAGACGAUGCGGUCCCGCAACAUGAAGGGAUUGAUUCGAUGCCGCAGAGCCCUCGAACCGUGCCGCGGACGUCCGUCGGUGCCGCGGAUCAUAUGUAUUUCUUAGCGGAAGACAACUCGACUAUGGCAGCCAAACGAACAUUUCGGAGUCAGUCUGUGGCGUCCCAGGGGUCUUCCCAACCAUUCCGCCCAGAUCUCACCAGAGACGCGUUCACACCUCCCGCGUCCCCUGGCACCGACCCAGUAAACUUGCGCUUUAAUGACCUCACGCUCAAUACCACAGUGCGCCCGAGAACCAUCGACUCCGCUCCCAGCCCCAGCACUACUCACACUAGGACAUCAGUCAUGUCACACGCCAGCAGCUCGUCCUCAUCAGCCUUGCUCGGAAGCCUCGACUCGCUCGUGAUUCCCGAGGAUUCCACCGAGCUGGAUCGUUCCAGCACGCAGGACACCCGGCCGCCGGCCAGCAAUGCCGCAAGCCAGGACCUGUUGGGCAUGGAAGACAUGCUUAGAGAGUCAUGCUACCCUAGCGAGCACCGGAAGUCUAGACCAACGACGCCGCGGAUCCCGGAUCUCGGCAUACGGGCGGACAGCACGUAUUACAAACUGAAGGGACUUUGCAAAGGCGCCACGAAAUUCCGGAAAGACGGUCACUGGGACAGCAUCAAGCUCACCAAUGAGUACGAGUACGGGGCUGGGGGCGGUUCCAUCGGAGCGGGGGAUAUGAUGAGGGCAUCUGACGGCAUCACGGUGCCGUUCCAAUAUGAGACGACUAAGGUUGGGGCUUGCGGCGACUGCGGGUAUGCGCACGACUUGGACGAAGUGGAACUUGACAAGAGCAACAGACCCGAAGCAGUCCGUGCCUCGGAGGCGGGACCCCGCUAUCGCCUCCGCCUCCUCUUUAAAUCCCAUCUCAGGCAAGGGAGCAGUACCCAAAUGUACUACGCCUGUCUGUGGUGUGUCCAGGCAGGUGCCGUCUCGCGCGAGGGCGACGCGACGGUCUUCCGGUCCGCCGAGGAACUCCUACGCCACCUUGCACGGCACCCGCAGCCUCUGGCGCCCCUCGCGGGCGUCACCGUCGUGUACGGCCGCCCGCUCCCAGACUCGGCACCCCAAGAUUUUGACCUGCAUUUGCCCGAGUCCCCGACACCGGUGCCCAUGCCGGAGAAUGUGGCCCGGUUGGCUACCGCCAUAGCAGUGAAAGACCACUACCGCCGGUUGGGGCGCAGCAAGUUGGAGAAGCCGCCCAAGUACGACGCCGACAUGCUCGAGUUUAUGGAGGGCGCCCGGAUUGUGGGCGUCAUCUUCCCCGAGAAGUGGGGAGGCAAGUACUGUUUGGGGCGCCAUGACGGCGAGUUCGGUGCGUUCCCGGCCAAGGCCAUUGAACUACGGCCGCCGCAGGAGAGCGAGAUCCCCGUGGGCGGGGAGAGCGGCAUGAGCGUGACGACGAGGUGGAAGUGGCAGCCGCCGCCUACUCCGGGAGCACCAUGGCUCUCCUUCGGGAAGGGUGAGGUCAUAACCAACGUUCAGUGCCUCUACGCAGACUACUGGUGUUGGUCUGGCACCAACAGCAAAGGCAAGACGGGCGUAUUUCCCCAGUCGUUCAUUGACCUGGAAACCCUGCGAGGUCAGGAGUCCACGGCAGGUAAGAAGCAGAGCAGAAGUAGGAGUCUCUUCGGUUCCCGGCCCAAGGGGGAUUCCACAUCAAAGGGGAGUGGUCAUAGAAAUUCGGUCGCGUCAUAACCGCUAGAUACCCAAGAGCUAUUCAGACGCUGUUUCAAGCGCAGGCUUCCACAUAUAAGUGAGACUCGCAGACUUGUUUUCGAGACAACAUCCAGAAGUCAUUCAGACACAUACAAUGUCUCCAUCAAGCCUGCCACUUGGAGAGCAACUCCUCCAGUUGCUCAUGUCUCUUGGCCGCCAGAUCAAAUGUGACAUAGGCUUUCUUGGCCCCAGCCGCCUUGGCCUCGGCAAAGGCAUCAUACAGAGCGCCGAUACCCCGAGCUUGGACAGGCAGGUCCUUUUGCCAUUCCUCCCAAUCCCAC